AUGUCGAUUAGCGCACAGUUAGUUUUGCUGCUUUGUGCCUGCUGCGUUCAAGCGCAGGAUUUCAUGUCACCCAACGUGAACGUUUUAAGUGAACUUGGAAAAAUUAAGGACCUAGAAGAAAGAGUAAAAACGACAGAAAACGUGAUGCAGAGCCAAAAGAACUCAGUGACUGAGCUGACCACGAAACUGGACGAGGUGAAAAGUGAAAAUGAAGCUCUGAAGACGACGGUCCAAACUCUACAGGAGAAAGUCGAAAGUCUACGGAACGAAAACGAAGUCAGGAAGGUGGCCUUUUCAGCAUCACUUCUAGCUUCUGGGGAGGGACACACCGGCCCCUAUAAUUCUGUUCCGUCUCCAUUAAUCUACAAAAAAGUCUUCACCAAUGCUGGAAACGGCUACGACUCAAACACUGGGAUCUUCACCGCACCAGUGAAAGGAGUUUACUAUUUCAGAUUCUACGCUCACUGUCACGGCGGCAUCAAAAUGGCCGUUAGUCUGUUUAAAAAUGGAGAACGUCAGUGCUCGGUGUUUUCCUGGAAGCCCAUCACUAACGGCAACGCCAGCAACGGGGUCAUUCUCACUCUAGAAAAAGGAGACCAGAUGUUCACCAAGCUGUGGGAAAACACCUGGGUUUAUGACGAUCCAGCGAGCUAUACCAGCUUCGGAGGGUUUUUACUUUUCCCCCUGUAA